GGUGAGGGAAUCAAAGAAAGUACCGAGCUUGGGAGGGAGAGGGAGACUCGGCGACAGGUGAAGGUGACGGAAAGGAAGGAAGGGCAAAUGCGAUUGCAAUGGAGGGUAAUGGUAACAGUAACAAUCUGUCUAGCUUGGUACGCGAACUUCGAGAACGCAUAGCGGCAUCAUCAUCGACGCCACCCAACAGCGGUGAUGAUGACGCUCUGGAGAACCGAUUCCGUGCUGUUCUCCCCAAUCUACUCCAAGCCUACGUUGUUCCUUCUUCAGCCAAUGAGAGAGAAGUGAUAGCUGUGUUGAGGCUCAUCUCCCACAUUUCAAAGAAUUAUCCGGGAGUUUUUUACCGUGGACGGGCAAGCUCUAUUUUACCAGUUGUUGGUCGGAUAUUGCCUUUCUUUGCGGAACCCGCUUUCCGCUCUCGACAUGGAGUGAUUUUUGACACUGUUGGAUCCCUUUUGUCCUUACUUCGUAGUGGAUCACAAGAGGCAUUCCGUACAUUUUUCAUUGAUGCCAUGGUGGCCAUUGAAGCAAGUAAUAGACCUGCCAAUGGCUCUGGUAUGCUAGUCAAUCUAUCAGGCAAAAACAGGUGGCAAUCUUUCUCGACUUGGGUGAUCAAACUUCUUACUAAGUGCUUAACUGAAGGCACACUGUAUGUUGAAGGUCUCAUCAGUACAUCAUUUGUUUUUGCUGCUUGCUCCUUUUUAUGUUACGGAGAUGCGGAUUUGCAUAUGGCAUGUUUUGACUUUGCAAGCAUCAUUGGAUCAGCAAUAACCUGCUGCAUUGUUCCUCAUGAGAAUUUAAUCCUGUCAAUAGCCACCAUAUUAAGUGAAUCUGAAGACAAAGGGCUUCCUGUAUUCAGGAAUAUGGCUUAUGAUUCCUCCAUGGGUGGUUGCCUUGCAAUACUGUACACUAGCUGUUCUGAUGAUGUUGUUAGGCUAACAGCUAAACAUUUAGUUGAUGCUUUUCAUCGGUCAAUUUGGAGAACCAAAAGCAUGAAGCUUAAGGCUGCACUGUGCAGUGCAUACAUACGAAUUGUAAAAAUGUGCCCUCCUCACAUCUGGAAUCCAGAAUCUCUCAUACACACACUUAGUUGUCCUGAGCCUUGCAUUUCAUUGAUUGAUUGCUUUCGAGUAGCUCUUUGCAUUCUUGGUCCUGAUCGUUUUGAUGGAGGGACAACAGCUCAUAAUGUUUUGGACUUAUCAACAUUGGGUGAUAAAUCAAUUGAAAUCUUGAAGGUUGGAGAAAAAAGGCAUAAUCAUGAUAUAGAUACUUUCAGUAACAAACGCCAAAAGGUAGAUGGACAAAUUUUAGUUUCUAAUGCGAAUGGUCCAGGGGUAACUCAUUUUGUUACUUAUGAAAGAGAAGAAGGAUAUGCAGACUCUAUGUAUAAAUCACUUCUUUCAUUUGUUGAGCUUCUGAAUCCUAUUACCAAACCUAAUUCAUUAAGACCAGAUGUUGCGCUUACCGCUCUUAGCAUGCUUUGCAUUGCCUUCUGUAGAUAUCCACAGAUCCAUAUGUCACAGUUCAUCUUUAAGCAGAUGGUCUCAUGGAUUCCCUGGAUAUGUGAGCAGGCAAAGGCAGGAAGUUCAAUUGCUCUUGAUAUUUCCAUCUAUCUGGAAGGAAUUCAUAGCAUAUUGGUUAUAGAAGGUAAUGAGAAUAAGCUGUUCAAGAAUGAAGUUGAAAAUGUGGAUCUUAUAAAUGUGGUGUUAAAGCUUCCAUGGACCCAUAGUCUAGUGGUCCACAAACCUCAUCCUGCAUGGAAAGCAAAAUGUGCCUCCAUUAAAAUUUUGUUGAAGCUUGGUCCAAGCUUUAGUGCUGGAACUGGUUUUGAAGUCUUGGAUUUCGCUGUUCAGGAUGAAGUUGAGGAAGUUAGAAUUGAAGCUAUUCUUUCCAUGCCAGUAAUGGUCUUCUGGUCUGGUCUUUAUGCACUAAAUCAUGUCUUCAAAAGGCUUGAGCUCUGGGGGAAAGAUGAGCAUGAAAAAAUUAAAAAAGUCAUACCUUUCUCUCUUGGCUUUUUAUCAUGUCUUUGUGGAUCUUAUGAUGGUGUUGAUGGUCAAGAUAGAAGUGCUUGCAAAUUCUAUUUAAAUGUUGAAGACGAGAGUACAAUUGAGAUAUUAGAUCGUUUGCAUAAAGGAUUCUGGUGUUCAAAGUGUGACAGAAGCAUCGUAUCCAAUCAUGAGCAACAUUCUAAAAUCAUGCAGCUUCCUGAAGCACAGAGCAUAGAAACUGGUCUCAAUUGUGAUUUUGUCUUUCUUCACUCUCUAUAUUUUAAGCUUCUUUAUGAUGAGUCUUUGGAAGAGGCUCAACUUGCCUGUGUGGAAGUUAUUCGAAGGAUCCUUUUACAUGGUACGAAAGAUGUUCUGCUUAGAAUGAGAUCUGAAUGGGUUAAAUGCAUUGAUUUUCUUCUACUUAACAGAAACAAGGCUAUAAGAGAAGCAUUCUGCACUCAAAUUGCUUUCUUCCUUCAGGAUCCUAUUUUGAGUUGUUUAUUUUCAGAUGGUGAUGUUUCACAUAAAGGCAAUGAAGAAAAGUUCUUGGAUAUAAUUAAACACGCUCUGGAAGCAGCUGAAGAUCCCCAGAUGAUUGAGACUCUUAUGGAAUCUACAUCAGAAGUCAUGAUGGCAGUUGAUGUUUAUGGCCAGCUUUUCUCAUUUUCUUUGAUCUUGUUGGUUGAUCAGCUUGACAAUCCACACAUGACAGUUAGAAUGAAUGCAUCAAGGUUAAUACACAGAUCCUGCUACUUCCAUUUUAAAGGGGGAUUUGAACUCUUGCUUUCUAAAUCUGUUCAUAUUCGCAAUGAGCUGUUUGAUUAUCUAUGUUUGAAUCUUGCAAGACGUCCUAAUAUGACCAAAGAGUUUGCAGAGGCAGUUCUCGGUAUUGAAACUGAAGAAUUGCUUAAAAAAAUGGUUCCUGUUGUUCUUCCGAAGCUUGUGGUGUCUCAGCAGGAUAAUGUUCAAGCUGUUGACAACUUGUAUGAGUUGACCAAAUGUUUGAAACUUGAAUUGGUGUCUCUGAUAGUAAACUGGCUACCUAAAGUGCUUGCUUAUGCUCUCCAUCAAGCAAAUGAACAGGACUUAGUCUCUGCGUUACAGUUUUAUCAUGCAAAGAUUGGUUCUAACAACCAAGAAAUCUUUGCAGCUGCAUUGCCUGCACUUUUAGAUGAACUUAUUUGCUUCAUUGAUGGGGUCGAUUUAAUAGAAAUAAACCAAAGGUUAGAUCGAGUUCCACAGAUGAUAAAAAAAGUUGCCAGGGUUCUGACUGAUGCUGAAGAUCUUCCAGCCUUCUUGAGGAAUCAUUUUGUUGGCCUCCUUAACAGUAUUGACAGAAAGAUGUUGCAUUCAGAUGAUUUUUUUCUGCAGAAGCAAGCUUUGGGACGCAUUGAGAUGCUUAUUAAAAUGAUGGGUUCACACUUAAGUACUUAUGUGCCAAAAUUAAUGCUGGCAAAGGUUUCACCAUCUAGCACUAAACAUGUAAUUUCACAAGUUUUUGCUGCUCUUAUACCAUUGCUGGAGAGAGACAAGGAAAAUACCCCAAUGCAUUUGAAUAAGGUGGUUAGAAUAUUAGAAGACCUAGUGUUAACGAACAGGAUUAUCCUGAAGGAGCACAUUCAUGAGUUUCCUCUAAUGCCCAACGUUCCUGCGUUAGUGGAAGUGAACAAAGCAAUACAAGAAGCUCGUGGAUCAACGAACUUGAAGGAUCAAUUGCGAGAUGUUGUUGACGGUUUGAAUAAUGAGAACUUGAAUGUUAGAUAUAUGGUAGCAAGUGAAUUGAGCAAGUUGCUGACACUGAGCAGGGAGGAUGUUGCAACUCUGGUAACUGGUGAAGCUGGUCCAGACAUGGAUAUCCUGAGCUCUUUGAUCACAUCUUUACUCAGAGGGUGUGCAGAAGAAUCAAGAACUGUGGUAGGACAGAAACUCAAGUUAGUGUGUGCUGAUUGCCUUGGUGCACUUGGUGCAGUUGAUCCUGCAAAAGUGAGAGGAGUUGCGUGCAAUUGCUUUAAAAUUCAAUGUUCAGAUGAUGACCUUAUUUUUGAGUUGAUCCACAAGCACCUUGCCAGGGCUUUUAGGGCUGCAUCAGAUACAAUCAUUCAAGACUCUGCUGCUUUGGCCAUACAGGAGCUCCUAAAGAUUGCUGGCUGUGAGGCAUCACUUGAUGAGAAUGUUGCUGGUUAUAAUUCACUGGGGGUGAAGGAUAAAGAGCCUUUAAAAGCUACUACAUCCGGGAUCAAGAGUCCUGUUAGCAGCAGUGAGAUGAAUGCGAGGGGUCAGAAAUUAUGGGAUAGGUUCUCUAACUAUGUCAAAGAGAUAAUAGCACCUUGCUUGACCUCUCGAUUUCAGCUUCCAAAUGUAGCUGAUUCUGCAUCCUCUGGACCAAUUUACCAGCCUUCCAUGUCAUUCAGAAGGUGGAUUUUCUCUUGGAUAAGAAAACUAACUGCCCAUGCAACUGGAUCCCGUGCUGAUAUUUUUAACGCUUGUCGAGGUAUAGUUCGUCAUGAUAUGCAAACAGCGAUAUAUCUCCUGCCAUAUUUAGUUCUCCAUGCUGUCUGCCAUGGCACUGUGGAGGCACGCCAUGGUAUUACAGAGGAAAUCCUAUCAGUUCUUGAUGCUGCAGCAUCAGAGAACAGUGGGGUUGCAGUUCAUGGAUUAAGUGGUGGACAGGGUGAGGUUUGUAUUCAAGCUGUGUUUACUCUUCUGGAUAAUCUUGGCCAGUGGAUGGAUGAUGUUGAACAAGAGCUGGCUCUCUCUCAGUCUUUCCAAGCAUCAGCUUCUAAGCAACAGUUGUCAAAGUCAAAGGAUCCAAACCUGAAUUCCUUUCCAAAUCAAGAUCAACUUCUUGUACAAUGUAAAUAUGUUUCGGAACUUUUAAGUGCAAUUCCAAAUGUUACCCUUGCUAGGGCUUCCUUCAGGUGUCAAGCCUAUGCUAGGUCUUUAAUGUACUUUGAGUCUCAUGUUCGUGGUAAGUCUGGUUCCUUCAACCCUGCAGCUGAGAGGAGUGGCAUAUUUGAGGAUGAAGAUAUCUCAUACCUAAUGGAAAUAUACAGCUUUCUGGAUGAACCUGAUGGACUAUCAGGUUUGGCAUGCUUACGUAAAUCAUUGAGUUUACAAGAUCAGCUCCUUAUAAACAAAAAGGCAGGAAACUGGGCAGAAGUUUUAACAGCUUGUGAACAGGCUUUGCAGAUGGAGCCCACAUCAGUUCAGAGGCAUUCAGAUGUUCUUAACUGUUUGCUAAACAUGUGCCAUCUUCAGGCCAUGGUUACCCAUGUGGAUGGUUUGAUUUCUAGGAUACCUAAAUACAAGAAAACAUGGUGCAUGCAAGGAGUGCAGGCAGCAUGGAGGCUUGGCAGGUGGGAUUUAAUGGACGAAUACCUUAAUGGAGCAGAUGAAGAUGGCUUACUUUGUAGUAGCUCUGAAAGUAAUGCCUCUUUUGAUAUGGAUGUUGCAAAGAUUCUGCAGGCAAUGAUGAAGAAGGAUCUGUUCUCUGUUGCUGAGAAAAUUGCAAUGUCCAAACAAGCUCUCAUUGCUCCUCUGGCUGCUGCUGGCAUGGAUUCUUACACUCGGGCUUAUCCUUUUAUUGUAAAACUUCACUUGCUUACAGAGCUUGAGGACUUCCAUACACUUCUUGGUGAUGAUUCCUUCUUGGAGAAAUCAUUUCAUCUGGGUGAUCAGGGUUUCACUAAAGUUACAGAGAACUGGGAAAAUCGACUUAGAUUUACCCAACCAUCACUCUGGGCUAGGGAGCCAUUGUUGGCCUUUAGGAGACUAGUAUUUGGUGCUAGCAGGCAUGGUGCUCAAGUUGGGAAUUGCUGGCUUCAAUAUGCAAAGCUCUGCCGUUUGGCAGGUCACUAUGAAACAGCAAACAGAGCAAUUCUAGAAGCCCAGGCUUCUGGUGCACCUAAUGUUCACAUGGAAAAGGCUAGGCUUCUUUGGAGUACCAGGCGUUCUGAUGGUGCCAUUGCAGAAUUGCAGCAAUGUCUCCUGAACAUGCCUGUGGAAGUUGUUGGCUCUGCUGCACUAUCAUCUAUUACUAGCCUUUCUCUUGUUCCACUGAAUCCGCAACCUCUACUUGGUGAUACCCAAGCUUUGAAUGAGAAUCGAGAUAUAGCUAAAACCCUCCUCUUAUAUUCUAGGUGGAUUCAUUACACUGGUCAGAAGCAGAAAGAAGAUGUGUUGAGUCUUUAUUCCAGGGUCAGGGAACUGCAGCCCAAGUCGGAGAAAGGAUACUUCUAUGUGGCAAAGUAUUGUGAUGAGGUGCUUGUUGAUGCCAGAAAACGUCAAGACGAGAAUUUUGAAGUAGGUUCAAAGAUACGUCUUUCAAAUUCUGCCUGUGUUGCUCCUUUGAAUCCAAAUACCGAUAAAUGUUGGUGGUUUUAUCUUCCUGAUGUGCUAAUAUAUUAUGCAAAAGGGCUUCAUAGGGGUCACAAAAACCUUUUCCAAGCACUUCCAAGAUUAUUAACCCUGUGGUUUGACUUUGGGAGCUUUUAUCAGCGAAGUGCCUCCACCUCCAACAAGGAUUUGAAAAAUGUUAAUGGGAGGGUAGUAAGUAUCAUGAGAGGCUGUUUGAAGGAUUUGCCUACUUAUCAGUGGUUAACAGUAUUGCCUCAGUUGGUUUCUAGAAUCUGCCACCAAAAUGAAGAAAUUGUUCAGAUGGUCAAACAUAUCAUUACCUCUGUUCUGAGGCAAUAUCCACAACAAGCAUUAUGGAUCAUGGCAGCAGUUUCAAAAUCCACUGUUCCCUCCAGGCGGGCAGCUGCUGCAGAAAUCAUUCGUGCUGCAGGAAAGGGAUUCAGCCAAGAACAUAGUGGCAACAAUUUGUUUGUUCAGUUUGCUAGUCUUGUUGAUCAUCUUAUCAAGUUGUGUUUUCAUUCAGGCCAGGCAAAAGCAAAGACUAUUAAUAUCUCAACUGAAUUCAGUGCAUUAAAAAGGAUGAUGCCUCUGGGAAUUAUCAUGCCAAUUCAACAGUCUCUUACUGUCAGUCUGCCAACAUAUGAUCCCAAUCUCACCGGGCCACUUUCGUCUGAUGUCUUUUCUGGUGCAGAUCUCCCAACAAUAUCUGGAAUAGCUGAUGAAGCUGAGAUUCUUUCUUCUCUUCAGCGGCCCAAGAAAAUUGUUUUAUUGGGCAGUGAUGGCAUUGAACGUCCAUUCCUCUGCAAACCCAAAGAUGAUCUCAGGAAAGAUGCCCGUAUGAUGGAGUUCACUGCAAUGAUCAACCGCUUAUUGUCCAAAUACCCUGAAAGCCGUCGAAGGAAGCUCUAUAUCCGUACCUUUGCUGUGAUUCCUCUAACAGAGGACUGUGGUAUGGUGGAGUGGGUGCCCCAUACACGUGGACUCCGGCACAUACUUCAAGACACAUACAUCAGAUGUGGCAAAUUUGAUAGGCAGAAGACAAAUCCACAAAUUAAACGGAUUUAUGAUCAAUGUCAAGGUAAAAUGCCUGAAGAUGAGAUGCUGAAGACCAAGAUUCUUCCAAUGUUCCCACCAGUUUUCCACAAAUGGUUCUUGACCACUUUUUCUGAGCCAGCUGCUUGGUUUAGAGCUCGUGUUGCUUAUGCUCACACUACUGCAGUUUGGUCCAUGGUUGGUCAUAUUGUGGGGUUGGGUGACAGACAUGGGGAGAACAUUCUUUUUGAUUCGACCACCGGUGACUGUGUUCAUGUUGACUUCAGCUGCUUAUUUGACAAGGGCCUGCAGUUGGAGAAGCCAGAGCUAGUGCCUUUCAGGCUAACCCAGAACAUGAUUGAUGGAUUGGGCAUUACUGGAUAUGAGGGCAUCUUUUUGAGGGUUUGUGAGAUCACACUUACAGUGCUGAGGACACACAGGGAAACUUUAAUGAGUGUUCUUGAAACUUUCAUUCAUGAUCCUCUCGUAGAGUGGACAAAAUCUCACAAAUCUAGUGGGGUAGAAGUUCAGAACCCGCAUGCACAGCGAGCCAUCAAUAAUAUUGAGGCAAGGUUGCAAGGGGUGGUAGUUGGUGUUGGAGCAGCACCAUCUUUGCCCCUAGCAGUUGAAGGUCAAGCUCGUCGCUUGAUUGCAGAAGCCGUCUCACACAAGAAUCUUGGAAAGAUGUACAUAUGGUGGAUGCCAUGGUUUUGAGAAACUGCUGUGAAUUGAGAAGUAUUCUUGUUUCAUCAUAUAUGCUGAAAUUGAAUCACAGGAAUGGAUAGGUAUGAAGAAGCAUUUUUGUCCAAAGGUGGCUGACAAUUUCUAGUACUACCUGCAUGCUGUCUCUCCAUCAAUGCACAGGCUUUGUUGUAACAUGGAAAGGAUUUUGAACAUAUAAAAUGGCCUAUAAAUUUAAAUUGUAUAAUUAAUUAUCUUCUCUAUACUUCACUGGGUGUAGAUUUUCUGUUGUGUAUAUAAUCCCUCUUAUUUGUAAAUAUAUAUAUAUAUAUAUGUAUAUAUAUUUGGGGUAAAUGAAAGUUUAGAGGGUGG